UCUGUUAGUUUGUAAGAGCAAAGAAGCCAAAAUAUACUGAAAAGCGCGCCAACUAGAAAAAGACGCAUGGAACUAACGUUAGGGGUGGUUUUUCUGUUAUUAGACCAUUUUAAGUAAUUUUGAGGAUUAUAUAAAACUUUACAAAUUCCUAAUUCCAUACUUUGCAAACAGAAGAAUACAAAAAACUUUAAAAAUUAUAACUAUUUGGAGUGUAAUAAUAUUAAAAAUUUAUUUAAUCUGGCAACAUAGCAAAUAUUAAUUUUUGAAUUUCUGUAUACUUCCUACAUUUACUACAUGUUUUUUUGUACUUUAAUUCAAAUAACAAAAAUUACUUAAAACGGGCGCGAAAUAUCGCUAUAAAACAGUAAAACGAUUUGCUGUUACUUUGUCUAGUUUUGAUAAAACCAUGUUAAACUUGACAUAGUUUUUCGAAGUGAAUAUACUAAAACUGUUUUGACUCCAAGUAGAUUUUUUCAUAUAUUUGAAGUACCUGCGUAUUUCUGUGCUGAAAAGGAGGUACUAUUUAUUCAAAGUAGAAUGUAAACGAAGGUCGACUUCGCAGGCAAAUAGGAGUACGCUACAUAAGUAUGUACAUACCGAUAUAGGAUACAGUACAGAAACCAUCUGCAUCAGGCUUUGCUUUAAGUACAUAACCAUUGCCAGGUAGCAUUGAACAAUAACAGAUCGUAGUGGAUUAGCAGAGCUCUUAACGUUUAAGGAAAAAUUUUAUGGGAUAUCUGAGUUUACAAUAACGAGUGCAGGCAUGUUAUUGGCUUCAUUCACGGAAUUCAUUUUCCUACCCUUAUUUUAGCUCAAGCUGAGUCAAUUGAAUAUAUAACAGCAAGCAACAUCAGAGAAAAGGCCAUUCAGAUCUGCAGAAUCUAUCAGUUCACAUACAUCAUAGUGUUGUUAAGUUUUAAAUUUUAAACAGCGAAUCUUCGUACAACUGACAAAAUGGAGCGUAAUUCUAUGAAUAUUCCAACGGUUAACCAACACGUUAUCCAUAACACAAACCAUCAUCAGGCAGAAAUAAUAUAUUCAAGUGCAGGCGGAUCCAGCCAAAUGCGAUAUUUUUGUGAACGCCCGAUGAUGCUCAAUACAUGGACACAGACGUCAAAUGCGGAUCUCGGCAUUAGUGAUGACUAUAUAAAUAUAGAGCAACAAAAGCAAAGAGAGAAAGAGUUAUUAGAAAAAAUACGUGAUCUUGAGUCAAAACUUCGUAUUCAGUCAGAAAUGCUUUCGCAACAACCAGCAGGUGGACGUAGGAGAAACUCGAAUCCAAAAAAAGCUAGAAGUCCGAGACAACGGUUACAAGAAGUAAUCGUAGAUCAAAUACCUGUUCAACUACAUGAAAACCAUCCCCAAGAUGUGCAAAAUCAACAGCAUGAACAAUAUACAGAAACAAAAUUUCAGAUAUAUAAUACUCAUGUGAGUCCAAGGAAUGUACAUUGUGAAGAAUUGUCACAAGCACAGAUAUCUCCACAACACCAACCGGAGCAGCAGUCUUCAGAGCAGCAGACUAUUAUGCAGAGUCAGUAUAUGUCGCAAAAUAUGGAUGUAUCUAUUCAACCUCAGGAAUUGCAUAUUGAUACUAUACAAGAUCGACCACGUAAGGUGAAUUACACAAUAAUAGCUGAUGGCGGUGUCAACGGUCAAGAUGGGCCCAUAGAGAUAGAAAUUGCCGAAGAAGAAAAUGGCUUAAACUUAAAUGGUUCUGCUGAUUCCGACCGUUUAGAAAUAUGCUUGGCCGAGGAACAGCCUCAAACGCCAGUAAAUGUUAAUUAUAUUAAAAUCGAUAAUGAUGCGGGACAGAAUCAACAAAUUCCUGUUCAGAAAGCCUCCGGAAAAAGGAAACGAAAAGUGUCUAAAAAGAAUAUUGUACAAAACACCGAUAAAAACAAUGGCGAUCUUGCAGAAUUCAAACCAGUGGUAUCAGAUUAUUCACAAUUCUCAGAAAAUUCUGAAAUGUCUCAACAACAGCAGUUAAUAGUAGCGGACGAUAACCACUCCAUUCUACCGAUUUUACAGCAGCAGCAACAGCAACUAAGUGAAAUCACAAACGAUGUACAGGAAUUUAGAAACUCCGAGUUUAAAAAGAAUUCUUAUAUAUCGAUUGGGCCAAACAAUACCCGCGUACCGACUAAAAUUUACGAUAGUAUUAAUUGGGAAAAUGCAUCGAUGGCCACAAGAAAACUCAUGAUAGGAGUUUUCGAUCGUUUUACCUUAGCCACUCACUCAAUGACUGGAAAACCCUCUCCAGCUUUUAAAGAUCAUAAUAAACCACUCAAGAAAAGGUUAAAUCCUUUAAAAGUACAAGACAUCAUAUUUGCAGUUAGUAGACGGAGUAAAGUAAACGAAAAAGAGGUGCGUACUGUUAUUACCACCAAAUGUGCCGAUGAAAAUAAAAUGUGGAAGUUAACACAGGCCAAACUCAAGGAGCAAAAGGAGCAAAACAAAGAAAAUGUUGCAAAUGUUCAAAAUGUUCAAAAUGUUGCUUAACGUACAAUACAUAAUAACUAGAAUAUAAGCAUUCAUAUAUCACAUUAAC